UUUAAUCUCCUAUAUAACAUGAAAAUAAGAGAAAGAAUCAAACCAUAUUAGUUCUAACGUUCAUUUGUGGUUUUCUGUGUUCACAAUAAUGUUUAUUUUUGUCAAAUGUUUUUCAAAUAACUAGAGUGAAAUUUUUCUUAAUAAUACUUUUCAAAUCAUGUACCGUAAAAGAAAUGAAUUAUCUAUUUUACCAGAUAUUGAAAAGAAAUUAGAGCAAUUUGCAACAGGUUUAGAAAACUUCUCCAUAUAUGAAUAUGAAAGAUGCCAAAUUCAUUGGGAGAGAGAACCAAACCCCCUUGAAUUGUUGCACUUCGAAGGGUCUCCCCUUAGUACAACAUUAAAGGUUCAAAGAGAUCCAUUCACUGGAAAAAUUGAAGAUUUUCAUGAAGUACCCAUAGAAGCUGUGGGUGCUACACCUAUGAAUUCAAUGUUACUUAAUAGAGCACCAAUACCUUCAACAAAAGCAGUAAGAGGAAGUUCUUCUUUCAUACCUUUUCUUCCAGGUAGCUUUUUGAAUGAUAUUCUGGAUAUUCCUAAAUGUGAAGAGCUUCCCCAGUCAGAACUGCUGACAGUCCCUCCUGGUUUUUCCAGUGGACUUACUUUGGACAUAGAUGGGGUGACAGUACUUGAAGAAACAGUAGAAGUAAUACCAAGAAAUGUUCCACAACAGAAACAUGUAAUAAAUUUAGUGGAAUUGGCCCAAAAAGAACAAGACUCACUUGGUUCAUGGGAGAGCUCAAGAACAAAAUCGAAAGAUGAAACUGAAAGUUGUGUUGAACAAAUGCAUUCUGAAGAAGAAGCUAUUAUUCCUAAAGAGCCUCUUGUUCUUAAUAUUAGCAAAGCUCAACCACUUCCUGCUGCCAAAGGUACCGAAUGGGCAAUUAUUCUUGAUGCUUCAAAGCCAGUGAAAGAUUUCCACCUAAAAAUUCCGAAAAUGGCUCGUGAAUACCCCUUUGAGUUAGACAAUUUCCAGAAGCUGGCUAUUCUCCAAGUAGAACAGCACAAUCAUGUUUUUGUUGCGGCUCAUACAUCAGCUGGCAAGACAGUAGUUGCUGAAUAUGCUAUUGCACUUUCUCAACAGCAUAGAACAAAGACUAUAUACACUUCCCCUAUAAAAGCAUUAUCAAAUCAAAAGUAUCGUGAUUUCAAAAAAGAAUUUGAUGAUGUUGGGCUGAUUACGGGGGACUUUCAAACUAAUGAAACUGCUAGUUGUCUUAUUAUGACAACAGAAAUCUUAAGGUCCAUGCUUUACUGUGGCAGUGAUACUACGAGAGAUUUGGAGUAUGUUAUCUUUGAUGAAGUACAUUACAUCAAUGAUAGGGAGAGAGGUCAUGUAUGGGAACAGGUGCUCAUUAUGUUACCCGAAAAUGUAAGCGUUAUACUUCUGAGUGCGACAGUACCAAAACCUGAAGAGUUUGCUGAUUGGCUAGGUAGAACAUAUCAGAAGAAAGUUUAUGUUAUCACAACACCUAAAAGACCAGUACCUCUACACCACUAUUUAUAUACUGGUACUGAUGGUAAAACAAGAAAUAACAAGUUUGCCAUCCUAAAUGACGACAAGUGGAGUAUGGAAGGAUAUGUUGUGGCAAAAUCUAUAUUGGAUCAAAAUGAAAAAAAAGGAGGCAAUGACAGAAGGCAGUUUACUGAAAAACAGGACAAAACACUUUGGGUGGCCCUAAUCGCUCAUCUUCAAACUGAGAACUUACUUCCUGCAGUGGCAUUCACAUUUUCUAGAUCGAAAUGCGAUAGAAAUGCCAUCAAUUUACAUUCAACCGAUUUAACAACAGCGAAAGAAAAGCGUAAAAUCAAAGGAUUCUAUCAAAAAUGCAUCAGGAAUUUAUCGGAAGCUGAUAGGAAUGUUCCCCAAGUUAUUAUAAUGGAUGAUAUUUUGAGUAGAGGAAUUGGAGUUCAUCAUAGCGGUGUACUUCCUAUCAUCAAAGAGAUUGUCGAAAUGCUUUUUCAGAAAGAACUUAUCAAGAUAUUGUUUGCUACUGAAACUUUCGCUAUGGGUGUCAACAUGCCUGCAAGAACUGUUAUUUUUGAUUCAAUAACGAAACAUGAUGGAAAAGAGUGGAGAAAUCUUGAGCCUGCUGAGUACAUACAAAUGGCAGGUCGGGCGGGAAGAAGACAACAUGAUAAAGAAGGUACUGUCAUUAUAUUGUGUAAAAACAAUUUACCUUCCGAGAUAACGUUAAAGGACAUGAUGAUGGGAAAGCCACAGUCCUUGAAAAGCCAAUUUAGACUUACAUAUGGCAUGGUACUCAGUCUUCUUCGAACAGAAAAAUUAUCAGUUGAAGGGAUGAUGUCUCGUAGUUUCUUAGAAGCAGAUCAUCAGAAAAAAAUGACAGAAUGGAGGAAAAGACUAGUAGAUGUAGAGAAAGAAAUCUGUGAUAUAUGUAAAGAUGAAUUAAACAACUACUUGCAACCUCUUGUAGCUUACUUUGAUAGUGCUAAUGCCUAUUUCAAGCAACGAGCUGUAGUUAUGCCAAAUGUUAUCAGUCAUGUACAAAAAGUUAUGACUCCUGGUAGAAUUUUAUUAAUCUGUUGGAAGAACCACAUUAACAAACUAGCACUUCUGCUCUCCACAGCUCGUGGAAAUCAGUACAAAGUUUUAAUACUCACCGAGAAAGAUUUACAAAAUUGUAAACUUGAUGAAAAAACAUCUUUAUGGUACAAAAUGAUAUCUUUGGCAUCAAUGAAAAUCUACUGUCCUGUUGGAAGUGUGGAUCACGAACUGAUAGAAAUAGGACCACUUGAAAUAUUGGAAAUAACUGGCAAAGUUAUCAAGACUUCCCCUGAAUUAAUAAUUAACGACUGGAAUAAAAGACUGCAACCAAGAUUCAAAAAUGACCCACCCGGCCAAACUGUUAUGAAGGCUACACAAGAACUUCAUAAACUUUCUUUAUCUGCUAAUAAUCCCGAGACAGGAACUCUUCAAUAUUUACACUUUAUACAAGAUCUUCAUGUGAAAGAAAGCACACUCUACCUGGAACUAACAGAAAUGUAUAGACUAAAAGAAAAAGUACAUGAUACUUUAUUUGGAACCCAAAUUCCUAACUUUGUAGAACACUUUUCAAUAGUCUUCUCAAAGAAAUAUCUUGAAGAAGAAAGAGACAACUUAAAAUUUCUGUUGUCAAAAUCAAGUUUAGCUCUAUACCCAGACUAUCAAAAUCGAAUAAAGCUAUUGAAACAUUUUGAAUAUGUUGAUAAUGAUAAUAUUGUUAGAAUGAAAGGAAAAGUAGCCUGUCAGAUGGGAAUGAAUGAAUUACUCAUCACUGAACUUAUAUAUCGGAAUAUAUUGGGCGAUUUGAAACCUGCAGAAGUUGCUGCACUUCUAUCAACCCUGGUCUUUCAAGUGAAGUCUAGAAAUAAGGAAGACGUAAAUGAACUGCUAAAAGGACUGGAACCAUCUUUACAAAAGGCUAUUGAUCAGUUGAAGAAUAUUCAUGCAGAUAUUCUAAACAAAGAAGGAGAGUUACAAAUCAGGAGUGAGGAUAUCCAAGAAGAACUCAAUUUUGGUGUAGUGAAUAUAGUGUAUGAGUGGGCUUCUAAAAAGUCAUUUGUUGAAAUAAUGCAACACACAGAUUACCAGGAAGGAAUAAUUGUCCGAUGUAUACAACAGUUGAAUGAUACCAUUUGUGAUGUCCGUGAUGCUGCUAAAACUAUUGGAAAUAUUGCCUUGCGAGAAAAAAUGGAAGAGGCUUCAAAUGCCAUCAAGAGAGAUAUUGUUUUUGCUGCAAGUUUGUAUACUCAAUCAGAAGCAAAUUAUGUUUAAAAAUAUUUUAAUGAAACUUAUUAUUAUAUCGAAAGCUGAAUAAAUUUCUAUUGAAAUUGGUUUUAAA